AUGAUUCAGACUGAUAAACUACUCUUGCCUUUAUCGACAACAAAAACGAAUAUUGUAUUAUUACUUAAUGGAUGUUUUAAUCCAAUACAUAAUAAUCAUAUUCGUUUAUUAGAAUUAGCACGAGAACAUUGUAAUUCAUUAAAUCAGUAUCAUGUUGUUGGUGGUUAUAUUUCACCAGCACAUGAUGCAUGUAUUCAACGAAAAGUAUCAAUGUGUUAUGCAACAUGGCAAAAUCGUCUUGAAAUGUGUCAUUUAGCUGUUCAAGAUUCAUCAUGGAUUAUGAUUGAUGAAUGGCAAAUAUCUCAAGAGAAAAAUCCUGGUGGACAACAAUCGAAACAACAUCUAGGUGAUUUUCUACGAAAAUCUUAUCCUACAAUUGAAAUUAUAUCGAUUUGUGGUGGUGAUGCAUUACCAAAAUUUAAAUCAACAUUUAAAAAAGAACUUGUUAUUUGUAUAACUAAUCGACCGAUCGAUGAAUUUGAUUUUAAUGAAUGGUUUCAAUCAUCAACAAUAAAACCGUAUCAUAAUAAUAUCAUUCAUCUACAUGAUAAUCAAUGUAUAAAAUAUAUGAGUAGUACUAAUAUUCGUCAACAGAUAAGUCAAAAUCUUUUGGAUUCGCCAAUCAAUGAUAUUCACCCAUCGGUACUUGAUUAUCAUCGUCAACAUGGAAUUAAUUAUCGUUCAGUAAAUGAAACCAUUCUUUGGUCAGAAUUUGAUAAUAAUGAAGAAAUUGAAAUUGGUCAAGGUCGAUGUGCAACAGUUUAUUCUAAACAAUAUAAAAAUGAAGAAGUUGCUGUUAAAGUUAUUCGUGAACGUAAACAAUUUGAAAAUGAAUCAAAAAUUCUAACAUUAUUAACUAAUGAAACAUCGUAUCAUGUAAAUGUAAUUCGUAUAUUUGGAAUAGGUAAUCAAUUUUGUGUUAUGGAAAAAUGUAAUAUUGAUCUUCUUUCAUAUAUUAAAUUAAAUCGUAUAUCAACAUGUCAAACAAUAGAAUCAAUCUUUCCCAAUAUACAAUGGUUACAAUUUAUUAAACAAAUGUUAGCAGGUUUUGUUCAUCUUGUUUCACUUGGAAUUCUUCAUCGUGAUAUUAAAACUGAUAAUAUUCUUCUAUCAAAUAUGACUGUUAAAAUAUCAGAUUUUAGUGUAUCAAUUAAUACCAAUUCUAUGAAUAAAAUGCCAGUUAGAGGAUCAAUACGUCAUUAUGCACCAGAAGCUCUUGAAGAUAAAAAAAUUUAUACAGAGAAAUCGGAUAUUUACAUGUUUGGAUGUUUACUUUAUGAAAUAGCUCAUGGUGCAGAACGUAUUUGGAAUGAAAAUACUACACCUGAAGUUGUCAAACGACGAUUAAAUGGUGAAAAACCAAUUUUUUCUGUACCAUGUGAAUCAUGGUAUAUUAAUAUGGUUUUAGAUGAUUGUUUGGCUAUGAAGGAUGACGAACGAUCAACAUUUGAACAAUUAUUACAAAAAAUUUCUAUAAAAUAA